CAACUGCCUAUCCACAUCUCUAUGGAUCUGCUGUCAAUUUGACAAAGUAAUAUUCAUAGUUACUUUUUGUUUCUGAAAAUGAGUGUCACUAUAAAAUCGUCGAAUACGUCGACAAUGUCCAUGGACGAUUUUACUUUAGUGAAUUCCAAUUCCAAUUCAACAUGGAGCACGCUUAGCGAAAUUGCUACGGAGCCCAACGACUCAAAGGAUCCUGUGGAUCUAAGUAAAAUUGAUCGGAAGCCGUUAAGUAAACAUGAGUUUACAGAAUUCUGGAUUAAUUUGGUCCAAGAGCAACAAAAGAUUGAGGAGCACGACAUAGAUGGGCCUACAGAGACGGAUAAUUGGUUUCUCGAUAAAUAUUUUGAUGUGGACGAUUCGAAAGAGACAACUAAAAAGCUGCAACCCGAGAAUGAUGACCUUGAUAUGGAUGCUAUUUAAGGUCUGCCAUGCCCUGAAGUACCGAUUGAAAACAAUUUAACCAAUAUUCAAAAGGAGUAAUAAACUGAUUAUUCAAAAUGCU